AGUCAAGUUUUUUUCCAUUUAAUGUGAAAGAAUCUUUGCCUGAAUAUUUUUCAUUUAUAUUGUCAUUUUCUCCACUGUAUAAGAAUUGUUGAGUUCAUUGUGUAGGUGUGCCAAAAGCAAUCCAGACUUCAAAAACGAGGUGUGUAGGCGUCAUGCCAUAAAAGAUAUAUAAGUCCAGAGUCAUCACUGAAAUCAGAAAUAUGAAGAUGCUCUGGAAACUGAGUUUGGUGUUUGUGGUCACUCUCCUAACCAAAGGGUGUGACUGCCAGCAUGCGUGUGGCAGAGCCCCUCUCAACACAAAGAUCGUGGGGGGAGUUAAUGCGUCUGCUGGCGCUUGGCCAUGGCAGGUCAGCCUUCAUGCGGAUGGAAGUCAUUUCUGUGGCGGAUCCCUCAUCAACAAUCAAUGGGUUCUGUCAGCAGCUCACUGCUUUCCAGGGACUGAUGCCGCAAGCCUUACUGUGUACCUGGGUCGACAGUCUCAAGAACUAUCCAAUCCAAACGAGGUGUCCAGAGGAGUCUCUCAACUCAUAGUUCAUCCAGGCUAUGGCGACGGACAAUCUCAUAACAAUGACAUGGCUCUGUUACGUCUUUCCCAACCUGUGACCUUCACUAAUUACAUCCAACCAGUCUGUCUGGCAGCAGAGGGAAGCACAUUCAACAGUGACAUGAUGUGGGUCACAGGUUGGGGAGAUGUGAAUUCAGGUGAACCCCUUCCUUCACCUCAAAUCCUACAGGAGGUGGUUGUGCCUCUGGUUGGAAAUAGUAAAUGUAACUGUCUUUAUAGUGGAUCAAUAACAGAAAACAUGAUGUGUGCUGGACCUUUGGAAGGUGGAAAAGAUUCCUGCCAGGGUGACUCUGGAGGUCCAAUGGUCAUCAAACAGGGCUCUACAUGGAUCCAGGCUGGCGUUGUGAGUUUCGGUCAAGGUUGUGCUCUGCCUGAUUAUCCUGGUGUGUAUGCCAGAGUUUCUCAGUACCAGCAGUGGAUCAGUGGGGUAAUUGGAUCAAACAGUACUGGUUUCGUCACUUUUAACUCCACUACUCUUGUUCAGGAUGAGAAUGUGAACUGCCCUACUCUACCGACAGUGUGUGGAGGCUCUGCAGGUUUAUGGCCAUGGAUGGCUAGUCUAAAAUAUUAUGGUUAUCAUACAUGUGUAGGAACUUUGGUUUCUGACCGAUUCAUCAUGACCUCUGCUAGCUGCUUUUCCAGAUCCAUGGGUAUGGAUGGAUGGGCAGUGACCCUCAAUAUUGCCCAUUGGGACUGUUCCAGCAGCCCAGUGUCAGUUGAAGUGGCAAAUGUCUUAUUCGAUGAUAUUUUCGGAAAUGGUGUAGCACUUGUGGAGCUGUCUUCUCCAUUUACUUACAUUGCCAAUGUUCCGGUUGACCUGUAUGAUUUAAGCUUUGUCCCUGGUACUGAAUGUUCAGUAGUUGGUUGGAAUUCAGGAGCGGCUGAAUCGGAACAAUCUUUUCUGGAAGUCCAGACCACCAUUGUAAACUGUGAUCCUUCAGACACCACACCGAUCAACAUCUGCACAGAGCCACUGCCUUUUCAGCAGCAAGAUAACGGCAGUCCCCUGCUGUGCAAAAUAAGCGACAUGUGGAUUCAGACUGGUAUUUGGUCCAUUCCCCCUGGCUUUGGCAUCCUCCCACAAUCCUCCAACAGCACAGUCUUCAUCAGGACCUCUCCCUUCAGCUCCUUCCUGUCUAACACCAUCUAUAACUACCCAUCUAUUCUGGAUGGGGUUGAGUCAUUCUCACCCCUCUCGCUCACCUGCGUCCUGCUGCUCUCUCUCCCAGCAGUCCUCCAGGCUAUUUAUUAAAGCUGUUAUCUGUCACUUUAUCACCGAAUUAACUAACAUGCAGUACAUUUUGGGUGGUGUUAUAGGGUAUUUUCUCUUGCAUUAGUUAAUAUAGCUAUUGAGUUUUUGAAUUUUAAUAAAUGAUUAACUGUUUCCUGCAUGAAUUAUGACAACCUCAGUCAGAAUUUUGUGUUUUUAUUGCUCUUAGGGCAAGAAAAACAAGAUUUGGACUUUCUUUAUUUACACCAGUUUUUCAAAGAGAUUUUCAGAUGUCCACUAGAGUGAACAGUAUGCAUUUUUGUUUUUAACUGAAGAGAUACUGUAUUAAUCACAAUAAAGUAAUACCACGGUAAUAUUGUGUGUAUUUAACAAACUAAUGAAUAAAAUGAUAUAAAAUCAA